UCAAAUAUUAAUCAUUUUGGGUUCGGAAGGUGUCUUGACUCUGAUCUCUUGAAAGACGCUACAUCGUUACACGCAUCUCUUCCCUUACAGUCCCAGUGGGUGAGGGCGGGUCAGCCGGGACCUCCGCCUGCCCCGCGUCACGGCUCCCCACACAGCGCCUCUCCAUCAUGACCAGCGGGUUGUGUGCCGGGGCGCGAGGAGGAGUGGCUUGGGUGAGAGGCGUGCCAGGGGGGAGACGGGGAAACGCAGAGAUGUGACGGCCCUAUAAAUGGCGGUUCGCGGGGGGCGCCACCACAGACCUGCCUGGACGCUCAAGACACACACAUCGAGAUGUCCUCCGGCGUGCGUGUGGCGGUGCUGGUGGCGUUUCUGGUGGGGGUAGUGACCGCCGAGCCUGGCAAAAAGGGCGGUGGUAACUGCUAUCCGAAGAUCGUCCCCAUCUACCACACCGUCUACAACAAGGUCCCGUACCACCACACCCAGUACGACGAGAACGUGAUUUACAGCACAGUCUACCACACGGUGUAUAAGACGCACUUCAUGACGCACCACACCACGGAGUACGUCCCGCAGUACGUCACCAAGGAGAUCUACAAGGACAACAUCCAUUACGUGCCCAAGUACCAGACCGAACAUAAGACCGAAUUCGUCCCGCAGUACAUCACCAGCACCGAGAUCAUCCCCUCCUACAUCACCACCUACGAACAGAAGACGCAGUACCACACGGAGACGGAGGUGGAGACCGUCUACAGCCCCGUCGUAGUCCCCCAGUACGUGACCACCAAUGAGCUGGAGUACAAGACCAAGUACGAGUCCGUGUUCCUGCCCCAGUACGUGACGGUCACCAGCACGGAGAAGAAGUACAAGACCGUCUGCCCCAAGGAUUCUUACGACUACUACUGAGGGAGGCGGUGAAGGGGGAGGCUGCAGCGGGAGACGGUGAAGGAGAGGCUGAAGAUAGGAGGGAGGGCCAGAGGGACGACGCCUAUUAACCCCCACGACUACUACAGAAGGAUAUGCUUAAGAGGAGGCUGCAGAAAUGGAGUGAGCGGCACGACCUAACCUAAUCCUUGUUACUACUGAAGAAGGGAAAACUGCAGCAGGGAAAAGAGGGUAAGGAGGAUGACACUGACCGCCCCCCCAAAAAAAAACACACACAUACAAACACACACACAAAUACAGACACAUUCGUCAUUAGAUCAUGCAGCGGUCUGUCUUUUCUGUUUCGCCUUCUCCCUCCUCCUCCUCCUUCUCCUCCUCAUGUUUGUUUAUUUUCGUGGGCUGUUUGUUACCGUGUGUCUUCCUUGUGUUGUUAAUAAAGAAGCUUAAUCGUUUGUUUUCGCAUGUAAAAAGAAUAAACUGUUGUGUGUA